ACCCGACAUCUUUUUUGUGCGGCGAUCAAUUAUUUUCCAAUUGCAAGUCUCUUCAAAAAAUAUGAUCUCAAAUCACAAUGUUCUUCUUUACGCGGCCUAUACUUCCACAUGCCUUGAAUACCGUGCCUGGUCGUUUUUUGUCACAAUAGUCCUAGAAUCAAUUGGCGGGAUGUUUUUUGUGUCGAUUGGCCAAGUUUCGGAAAGUUCGCUGCAAAUGGUAUUUGGAGGUGUUUUGGGGCAGUUUAUAGACAAAAUUUGCAGGAAAAAAGCCAUCAUCAUGGUCAUGUUUUUCAAUAACUUUAGUAUUCUUCUCCAAGUUAUCUUAUUAGUUGUUUGUAAAUCAGAAAAUCAAGUUCCCGCUCUUUUAUAUCUCGCAAUUCUCUUUGGAGCAAUCAACCGAUUAUUUCUCAACGCGGAAAAGUCGAUGAUUGCCAGAGACUGGGUGGUGGCGUUGAAUGGUAAAAAUGAGCUGAGCAGGCAGAAUGCAAUGCUCACUGGAUUCGAUCAACUGCUGAAUAUUUUGUCGCCAAUUGUUGUCGGGACAUUGCUCACCAAAUUUGGAAUGCAUCAAACCCUCAUCGUGUUUGGAAUUUACUCGAUGUUAUCUCUUUUUUCAAAACUUAUAUUUCUGAGUUUAACAUACAAUCAAAAUGUCUCUCUGCAAAAUCGCCAAGAAGGAUAUUGCAGUCUACCAAUUUCUGACGAGGAACCACUUUUCAAACCUUCAAAGCCACGAGGAGUUAUUUCCACUUACUGGAAACAGACAACAUUCUGCGCUGCAUUUGGCAUAGCUCUGUUCUACAAAACAGUGAUGGGAUUUGAUAAUUUAGCAGUUGGCUACGCAACAAGUGCCUCUGAUCUCUCAGUAAUCACUAUUGGAGCUCUAAAAUCUUAUGGAGCAGUCGCAGGGAUGGUCGGAGUGAUUUCUUACGCUUUUCUUGAAAAACGAAUCGGAAUAAUUUAAUUCUGGAUACGUUGGCUUGGCGAUUCAACAAGUAUUCUCACUGAUCGCAGUGCUUACUAUUUGGAUGCCCGGUUCCCCUAUGGAUUUUACAGGAAAUGAACCGAAGACUAGUGGUCCAAGCGUUCUCAUUUUUCUUAUUGCUAUCGCAACUUCUCGUUUCGGUCUCUGGUGCCUGGACAUGGCAGUGACGCACUCAAUGCAAAUCCACGUACCCGAAACCGAACGAAAUACAGUUUUCGGAUUCCACAUGGCACUGUGUCAAACGUUCUCGGUGCCGAAGGAGCUGCUUGUCAUCAUGUUUCCCCAGGCAUCACAUUUUGCUCUUUACAUAGUUUCCUCAUAUUUUUGUGUGCUUCUAGGCCAAUUUUUCUUUUAUUUGUAUGCAAAGAAUAUUAAUGAAUA